CACUGAGUACCCAAAUGAUGACCUGUCUCUGUGCUUUUUUUCUUGGAAACAAUUUGCACCCCCCCUCCGAUCUCUCCACGCCCCCCCUGCUGAGAACCAAGGUAUUUGAGGAUUGUGGGUCAAAUGUUAAGCCAUGCGCUCUGCCCAGACAAUGGCUGUCCCGGCAGCACAGUUGAGGAUUAAGAAGUUCCAGGUGUAUCGCUGGGACCCAGACACCGCCGGAGACAAGCCACGCAUGCAGACCUAUGAGGUUGACCUCAACACUUGUGGGCCCAUGGCGCUCGACGCCCUGAUCAAGAUCAAGAAUGAGAUGGACCCCACACUCACGUUCAGACGCUCCUGCAGAGAGGGAAUUUGUGGCUCAUGUGCUAUGAACAUCAAUGGGGGUAACACACUAGCCUGCCUGAACAAGAUAGACACCAACAUCAGCAAGGUCACCAGAAUCUACCCACUGCCACACAUGUAUGUUGUGAAGGACCUGGUGCCUGACAUGAGUAACUUCUAUUAUCAGUACAAGUCUAUAGAACCCUACCUGAAAAAGAGGGGUGAGUCCAAUCAGGGCAAGGAGCAGUACCUGCAAACAGUGGAGGAUCGGCAGAAACUGGAUGGAUUGUAUGAGUGCAUUCUGUGUGCCUGCUGUAGUACCAGCUGCCCAAGUUAUUGGUGGAAUGGAGAUAAGUACCUGGGACCUGCUGUCCUCAUGCAGGCAUACCGCUGGAUGAUCGACUCACGUGACGAUUUCACAGAAGAGCGUCUCUCCAAGCUGCAGGACCCUUUUUCCCUGUACCGAUGUCACACCAUCAUGAACUGCACCAAGACAUGCCCCAAGGGCCUGAAUCCCGGCAAGGCCAUAGCAGAAAUCAAGAAGAUGAUGGCUACUUAUAAGCAGAAGGAAAUAACUCCAUGAAAACUGAUCUUAAGAGCUCACUGAUGUCUCCCAUCCUCCUUGCAAAUGAAUAAUGCAGUUGUUUCCUUCAGCCACAAAUAAACAUAUAUUGUCAGGGGAUUCAUUUUGCAGAUUGACUUGAUUGAUUGUCUUUGGAGAUUUACUUUACUUUCACUUUCAUUAAUAAACAGUCCAAUAUGGAUUGUGCAGGAUAUAUGGAAGAGUAAAGAUGGCUGUAAUGGUAUAUAGGAAGUGUCUGGAGUGUUUAUAGUGUGCAAGGAUAGAGUGCUAAUAGUGUGACAUCACAGGUGUAUUGUUGUGACAACAAACGUCAAGAUAAAUAAAAUCAAUGUGUGUUGUUCUGUU